GGCCUCGCGCGGCCCCGCCCUCCUCGCCGGCGACCGGGCGGGCGGGCGGCUCGCCGCGGCGGCGCCGACAUGGCUGCGCUGGUGGAGCCGCUGGGGCUGGAGCGGGACGUGUCCCGGGCGGUGGAGCUCCUCGAGCGGCUCCAGCGCAGCGGGGAGCUGCCUCCGCAGAAGCUGCAGGCCCUCCAGCGCGUCCUGCAGAGCCGCUUCUGCUCUGCCAUCCGGGAGGUGUAUGAGCAGCUCUAUGACACGCUGGACAUCACCGGCAGCGCUGAGAUCCGGGCCCACGCCACUGCCAAGGCCACGGUGGCCGCCUUCACAGCCAGUGAGGGCCAUGCACAUCCCAGGGUAGUGGAGCUGCCCAAGACAGAUGAGGGCCUGGGCUUCAACAUCAUGGGGGGCAAGGAGCAGAACUCACCCAUCUACAUCUCCCGUGUCAUCCCUGGAGGCGUGGCUGACCGCCACGGAGGCCUCAAGCGUGGGGACCAGCUGCUGUCGGUGAAUGGUGUGAGCGUUGAGGGUGAGCAGCACGAGAAGGCAGUGGAGCUGCUGAAGGCGGCCCAGGGCUCAGUGAAGCUGGUGGUGCGUUACACCCCUCGCGUGCUGGAGGAGAUGGAGGCCCGCUUUGAGAAGAUGCGCUCGGCCCGCCGGCGCCAGCAACACCAGAGCUACUCGUCCUUGGAGUCCCGAGGCUGAAACCACAAAUCUGGACCCUCACCCUCACUCCUUCCCCUGUACAGUAUUUAUUGUCACCGGCUCCUUAUUUAAAGAUCUUUGACCCUCA